CCAUAAAACCCUUUCCGAGCAAACCUCUGCUGAAUCUUCUUUUUCCUUUUUUCUUGAAACCCUUGUUGUGAUUUGUAUUUGAGUUGUACAUAUUCUUUAAUUUCUUGCAAAACUACCAGCAUUAUUUUGGUUGCCUUUCAUUCCCUUUAUGCUUUCUGUCCGAGUAAAUGCAUUCUUUAUAGGCCUUGAAGGGAGGAGCAGAUUCUUGCAAAACAUGGCAAAGGAAGCAACAAGAAGAUCUUUGUGGCUGAUAGGUCUUGGAGGGAGGAGGACAAUUCGAUCUUCGCAAAACAGGAAAAUGAAACUUACAUGAAGGAUACACAAUAUGGUGGAAGCAAGACGCAUAAUACUGUGGCUGAUAGGAGGCAGGAUCAGAAGCCCCUCCUCGCAAAGCAGGGCGAAGGAAGCAAGAAGCAUAUCUCUGUGGUUGAUAGGCCUUGGAGGGAGGAUCAUAAACUAAACUUUGCACAAAAGGGGGCUGGAAGUCACAUUAAGGAUUCUGAAUAUGGAAGCAAGACGCAUAAUACUGUGGCUGAUAGGAGGCAGGAUCAGAAGCCCCUCCUUGCAAAGCAGGGCGAAGGAAGCAAGAAGCAUAUCUCUGUGGUUGAUAGGCCUCGGAGGGAGGAGCAUAAACUAAACCUUGCACAAAAAGGGGCUGGAAGUCACAUUAAGGAUUCUGGAUAUGGAAGCAAAAAGCAGAUCCAGGAGACUGUUAGGUCUACCAAGGAGGAGGGUUCAUUCUCAGAAAAACAAGGAAAGGGCCCUCAGAUUAAGGAAGACAAACAGGGAAGACAAGGACACUCAGAUGAAUGUGACAAGGACAGUAUGCGGGCUAAAAAGAACCAGAUAUUCAUAUAUGCUGAAGAGUCGGGAAAGUGUGCUGAGGUGUAUAACCUGCACCGAUCAACUGUGGAGGACAUGAUCGUAUGCUGUGAAUGCAAGAUGGAAGUUGAGCGAGUAUGGGUGUAUCUUACAGUGAAAGGUGUUCCUACAAGUAAAGUUCAUGGAGGUCUAGAACAGAUGCAGAGAGAUGAAGCAUUCCACAGGUUUAAAGACGGGAAUGUCCAUGUGCUGAUAAUCACCCCAAAGCUGUUAAAGUUGUUAAGAGGUCUGCCCAACAAGUUUGAGUUGCAGUUGGUGAAUUAUGACCUUCCAGUUGACUAUGGGGAGUACAAAAACCGCAUGUUGAUAGCAGAGAAAGUUGUAACUUUCCUAAACCAGGAAUCACCUAGAAGCUCUCUGUCAAAGCUUCUAGUUGAUAAGGAGCUUGACGUCCCUGAUCUUGUGCAAAUGAAACUAGAAGAAUGUCGCGCGGAGAUUGUAUGGGGUAUUAAACCGGAGAAAGAAAUAUGGGAUCAUUAGGAGUAUACAACUGCCGAAGACUGUUGCUUCCAUAAAUUUUCUGUAUAUUCUGCAACGAAUUGUGAGUAACCUCUUCUUCUGCUUGUAAGUAACUUUGUAAGCAACUGACCAGCGUUUAGAUAGUUUAUUUCUCAGCAAAACAAUAAAGAGUGCUUCCACAAUUUAUCCUAAAGAUAUGGAAUGAAUUUUCUAAUAGAGUA